AUGGUCGACGACUCAGCAUUGGCCGCUGCCGCGGCCAUUGUGCAAUCCCUUGCCGCUGAUGGCACGACGCCAAUGUCCCUUCCCUUCAAGGUUGAUGCGCGGAUCGAGCUCCCAGGUCGAGAUACCCCCGCCAAGCGAAGCCUCGAGAACGAGCUUGCCAAGCUUGCCCAAAGAAUCGAAAAGCUCGAGAGUCGAGCCCACGCCUCUGUAGCUUUCCCGGAAACGCCCAACGAAGUCCACGGUUCCCUCUUUGGCGACGAUUCCGACGGCGCAUCACCAUCAUCCUCCAACAGCCGCACUGUUGCCGCCGGGCCCACCAAGUUCCAACGCGAAGGUACCGCCACAGCCGAUCCGAGCCUCGCAGACAGCCCGCUGACUGACGAAGCCUUGGAGAGCUUGCAAGAGAAGGUACUUGACCAGGAGAAAGGAAUUUCUAGCGCGAGACAGGAAAUCAGCAGCGUGUCCGCCCAGCUCCUUGAGCAAAAGGAACUCCAGGAACAGGCUUUCUUCAAGAUCGAACAAGAGAGAGUUGCGACUCUGGAGCGGGAACUAUGGAAGCACCAAAAGGCGAACGAGGCCUUCCAGAAAGCCCUGCGAGAGAUUGGUGAGAUCGUCACAGCCGUUGCGCGCGGAGACCUUUCCAAGAAGGUCCGCAUGAACACCGUCGAAAUGGACCCUGAAAUUACCACGUUUAAACGGACAAUCAACACUAUGAUGGAUCAGCUACAGGUUUUCUCAAGCGAAGUCUCCCGCGUCGCCCGCGAGGUCGGAACCGAGGGUUUGCUCGGCGGACAGGCUCGCAUCGAGGGUGUCGACGGUACUUGGAAGGAGUUGACGGACAAUGUGCGAGAAAUCGCAUCGGUAACCACUGCUGUCGCCCACGGUGACCUGACCAAGAAGAUCGAACGCCCCGCCAGAGGAGAAAUCCUGCAACUGCAACAAACGAUCAACACCAUGGUAGACCAACUGAGAACAUUUGCCUCCGAAGUCACUCGAGUAGCUCGCGAUGUAGGAACUGAAGGUAUCCUUGGUGGCCAAGCCGACGUCGAGGGAGUCAAAGGCAUGUGGAAUGAACUAACGGUCAACGUCAACGCAAUGGCAAACAACUUAACGACACAAGUACGAGACAUCAUCAAGGUAACAACUGCUGUGGCCAAGGGCGACCUUACACAAAACGUACAAGCGGAUUGCAGGGGAGAAAUCUUUGAUCUCAAGUCUACUAUCAACUCCAUGGUGAAGCAACUCCAGCAAUUUGCCCGCGAGGUGACCAAGAUUGCCCGAGAGGUAGGAACGGAAGGCAGGCUUGGUGGCCAAGCCACUGUUCAUGAUGUCGAAGGAACCUGGAGAGAUCUCACCGAGAACGUCAACGGCAUGGCCAUGAACUUAACGACACAAGUGCGCGCAAUUGCCAAGGUCACAACGGCUGUGGCGAACGGCGACCUUACGGAGAAGAUAAGAGUACCCGUCCGAGGUGAAAUUCUCGAUCUGAAGAAUACUAUCAACACCAUGGUGGACCGCCUCGGCACUUUCGCCUUUGAGGUUAGCAAGGUCGCCAGGGAAGUCGGCACUGACGGCACGCUCGGCGGACAAGCCCAGGUCGACAACGUGGAAGGCAAAUGGAAGGAUCUCACCGAAAAUGUCAACACCAUGGCCUCAAAUCUUACGAUACAGGUCCGCAGUAUCUCGACCGUCACCCAAGCCAUUGCCAAUGGCGACAUGAGCCAGAAGAUUGAGGUUGAAGCCCAAGGAGAAAUACUCGUCCUUAAAGAAACGAUAAACAACAUGGUUGACAGGCUUUCCAAUUUCUGUAAUGAAGUGCAAAGAGUGGCCAGAGACGUCGGUGUCGACGGCAAGAUGGGCGCGCAAGCAGAUCCUGCCGGCUUGAAGGGUCGUUGGCGCGAGAUCACGACUGAUGUGAAUACCAUGGCUAGUAAUUUGACAACUCAAGUGCGUGCAUUUUCAGACAUUACGAACUUGGCAACAGACGGAGACUUCACGAAACUUGUCGAAGUGGAAGCUUCGGGCGAAAUGGACGAACUCAAACGAAAGAUCAAUCAGAUGGUGUCCAAUCUACGGGACAGUAUCCAGAGGAAUACACAGGCUCGUGAGGCGGCAGAGCUGGCCAACAAAACGAAAUCCGAGUUCCUGGCAAAUAUGUCUCACGAAAUUCGUACACCCAUGAACGGUAUUAUCGGCAUGACGCAGCUGACGCUAGACACGGACUUGACACAAUAUCAGCGAGAGAUGUUGAAUAUUGUUAACAGUCUGGCGAACAGUCUACUCACCAUCAUUGACGACAUUCUAGAUUUGUCCAAGAUCGAAGCACGCAGGAUGGUUAUAGAAGAGAUCCCGUACACUUUGCGAGGAACGGUAUUCAAUGCUCUCAAAACACUGGCAGUCAAGGCAAACGAGAAGUUCCUCGACCUCACCUACCGUGUCGACAGCUCCGUGCCGGAUCACGUCAUUGGAGAUUCAUUCCGUCUUAGGCAGAUUAUUCUGAACCUGGUCGGAAACGCCAUCAAAUUCACGGAACACGGCGAAGUCAGUCUGACCAUUAAGAAGGCCGAUCCUGUUGUUUGGGCAUGCGGUCCUGACCAGUACGCUAUCGAAUUCAUCGUUACGGACACAGGUAUUGGCAUUGCCGCGGAUAAGCUUGACCUCAUUUUCGACACUUUCCAACAGGCCGACGGCUCGAUGACAAGAAAGUUUGGCGGAACCGGUCUCGGACUGUCAAUCUCGAAGCGCCUUGUUAAGCUCAUGGGCGGCGACUUGUGGGUUAAGAGCCAACAUGGUCAAGGCAGUGAGUUCCACUUUACGUGUCGAGUGCGCUUGUCGGAUCUCGGCGUCGAGAUCAUCGAGAAGCAAAUCAAGCCGUACAAGGGUCACGAGGUUCUCUUUGUCGACAAGUCGCAAUCUGGCUACGGAGAGCAGAUCGAGACAAUGCUGUCUUUGAUUGGCCUCAAGCCCGUUGUUGUCGAGUCGGAGAAGAACCCCAUCCUCACCAGCGUUCGCGACGCUCAGGCGAUGCCGUACGAUGUCAUUAUUGUCGACUCCAUCGAUACCGCCAGGAGGCUCAGAUCCGUGGACGACUUCAAGUACCUACCCAUCGUUCUUCUGGCGCCUGUCGUUCACGUGAACCUCAAGUCAUGCCUGGACUUGGGUAUCACAUCAUACAUGACGACACCCUGCACUGCUGUGGAUCUCGGCAACGGCAUGAUUCCUGCUCUCGAGAACCGCGCGACCCCGUCUCUGGCCGACAACACCAAAUCGUUCGAGAUUCUUCUCGCGGAAGACAACCGGGUCAACCAGAGACUUGCUGUUAAGAUUCUCGAAAAGUACCACCACGUGGUUACAGUUGUUGGCAACGGUCUCGAGGCUGUUGAGGCCAUCAAGGCGAAGAAGUUUGACGUUAUUCUCAUGGAUGUUCAGAUGCCAAUCAUGGGCGGUUUUGAGGCAACAGGCAAGAUUCGUGAGUACGAGCGCAGCCUGGGCUCGCAUCGUACUCCCAUCAUUGCUUUGACGGCCCACGCCAUGAUGGGUGAUCGCGAGAAAUGCAUCCAGGCACAGAUGGACGAGUACUUGUCGAAGCCUCUGCAGCAGAACCACCUGAUCCAGACCAUUCUCAAGUGUGCGACCCUCGGCGGUCAGCUCCUGGAGAAGAAUCGGGAGAGGGAUAUGGCUCAGCAGUCGAGAGUCAAGGCAAGCUCCAACGAGCAUCCUCAGUCUCAUCUUCGCCCGCCUCUGGAGACCCGAUCCUUCACUUCAAAGGAACCAAUCAUGGGACCCAGUCCAGCCAGCCCAGCAGUGGCAACGGCAGACCAGGAAGACCCCAUCUCUAGGGCACUUCCUAACUGGGAUGUGCAGGGACAGGCUCAGAAAAAACGCAAGUGGAACCCCGAGUAA